AUGACGCGCGUCGCGACGCCGACGCGCGUCGCGACGCCGGCGCGCGACGCGACGAAACGAACGACGCGAUGCCGAUGGCUGACGCGACCGCGCGACGACGACGCGCGACGACGCGUCGCGACGAACGCGGGGAACGGACGGUUCAUCGUGGGAGGAAAUUGGAAGUGUAACGGCACGCGCGCGUCGGUGAAGACGCUGAUCGAGGAGCUGAACGCGGGAGAGCUGAGGGACGUGGACGUCGUCGUGGCGCCGCCGUUUUUGUUCUUGGACGAGGCGACGGAGACGUUGAAGGCGCCGUACGAGGUCGCGGCGCAGAAUUGCUGGGUCGAGCCGGGUUUGGUGGAUCCGACGCAUCAUUACGAUAGCGAUACGGGGGCGUUCACGGGGGAGGUGAGCGCGGAGAUGUUGGAGGAUUUACGAAUUCCUUGGGUGAUUCUCGGGCACAGCGAACGGAGAAAUCUCUUCAACGAAUCGAACGAGUUCGUGGGGAAGAAGGUGGCGCACGCGCGGUUUCACGGCUUGUCCGUGAUCGUGUGCGUCGGAGAAACGCUGGAGGAGCGAGAGAGCGGAAAGACGAUGGAUGUGAUUUUCGCUCAGCUCAAAGCCGUGGCGACGGAGAUCGACGACAAGGAGCACUCCAGCUGGGGAUCGCAAGUCGUCAUCGCGUACGAGCCGAUUUGGGCGAUCGGGACUGGCAAGGUGGCCACGCCCGAGCAAGUUCAAGACGUGCACGCGAAGAUUCGUCAGUGGCUGGCGGAUAACGUCAGCGAAGAGGUGGCCAAGGCGACGCGCAUUCAGUACGGGGGGUCGGUCAACGCCGGCAACUGCUCCGAAUUGGCUCGUCUGAGCGAUAUCGACGGGUUCUUGGUCGGCGGCGCGUCGCUCAAGGGUGACGAUUUCGUGAAGAUUUGCAACACGAGCGCGGUGCACUACAAGGCAAUCGGACGCAAGCCCAGAUCUGGCUCGGUCGUGACGUACUCGUUCGACGAAGACGGCGAGCUCCUCGAGACGAAGUAA